CCCCGGGAUCCUCCGGCCUUCCUGCCGCUCUCGCACUUCCGAGGUGAUGACGUAACUCGGAAGGCGGGCCGAAUCGCCAUGGCAUAUACGGAAGGGCACAUCACACUCACUUGCAGAAUAGGAGCUGUUGCUGCUUUAGAAUUAUCAGGUGGUGCAGGUUCAUACAGGCAGGCAGUGCAGUCCUGACCAUGUCUACUCAGAAUUAAGUCCUACUGAAUUCAUUGGGGCUUUCUCCCAGGGUGCUUGAACAGCAAGGACUAUGUCUUGGAUUAAAGAAGGAGAACUGUCCAUCUUGGAGAGAUUCUGUGCCAGUGUCAUAAAGGCAGGCCCAAUGCCCAAGCACAUCGCAUUCAUCAUGGAUGGCAACCGCCGUUAUGCUCAAAAGCACAAAGUGGAAAAAUUAGAAGGUCAUUCACAAGGAUUCAUGAAACUGGCUCAGACACUCCAGUGGUGCUUGAGCCUGGGUAUCCGGGAAAUCACUGUUUAUGCCUUUAGUAUUGAAAACUUCAAGCGAUCCAAGGAAGAAGUAGAAGGCCUGAUGGAGCUGGCAAGGCAAAAAUUUAUCCGUCUUCUAGAAGAACAGGAAAACUUGGAGAGACACGGUGUGUGCAUUCGCGUCAUCGGGGAUGUACACCUCCUGCCGCAAGAUAUCCAGGAACUCAUUGCCAAGAUUGUGCUGGCAACAAGGCACUACAACACAUGUUUUUUGAACAUUGGCUUUGCAUACACAUCAAGACAAGAGAUUAGUAAUGCUGUGAAAGAGCUGGCCUGGGGAGUCGAAGAAGGGCUACUUCAACCCAGUGAUAUUUCAGAGUCACUGAUGGACAAGUGCCUCUAUACCUGUAAAUCUCCUCAUCCAGACAUCCUGAUAAGGACUUCCGGUGAAGUCCGGCUUAGUGAUUUCAUGCUCUGGCAGACAUCACAUGCAUGCAUAGUGUUCCAGGCUGUGCUGUGGCCAGAUUACACCUUCUGGAAUUUAUGGGAGGCUGUCCUUCAGUUCCAAAUGAACUACAAUGCUUUGCAGAAAGCCAAGGAUUUGUACAUGGAAGAAAGGAAGUGGCAGCAGAUGGAAAGCGACAAGGCAUGUGUUCUGGAGAAGCUGAAAGAAGAAGGUUCUGCGUCCUGUGGAGAUGCUCAGAAACGGCGGGCGCUCUUGCAGGAAUGCAGGGCUAAGCGGGAAGAGAGAAUCCAAAGUUUUUUGCAGGCCUUGGAGAACAAACAAUUUGACUUCCUAGAAAAACUGAGUAUGGCAUCUGCAUGAUAAGAUGGAGCUUGUAGGGCCAGGAGCAGGGUGAGGGCGUGGAAAAACAUGAUCUGAGUCACAAAUAGUCCAGCAGCUGCCAGUGUGGUUCACUUGGAAACGGGAACAUACAUUUCUCUCUCUCUCUCUCUCUCUCUCUCUCUCUGUGUGUGUGUGUGUGUGUGCGUUCGUGUGUGUGUGUGUGUUCGUGUGUGUUCUCACUAGCCCCACACAAGACUUUACCACACAUGGGUUACUGCUCAUUAUCCAAGCUGUGGUUGGAGAAGGUGGUGUUCUGAAAUAAGGUUAUGCAUUCUAAAUUUAACAUGGUUUGUAAAGGUAAUUAAACAAAAGGUAUUUGCUGUGGAAUUGGUUAAAGGAGAACCCUGAGUAGAUCCAUGUGGGUGGGUCUGUGCUUGCAGAAAGUAGGGCUUUCAUUCCAUCUUUCCAAACGGCAACAUUUCUGUGCCUCAGCUCAAGAAUCUAUCAAAAACCUCUUGGAAUUUUGAAGCGUUGCUUGCAGCGCAGGGAGGGGUGCAGUUGAGGAAGGUAAAAGGAUGGCUUGCAUGCACACAAACAAAUGGGUGUCUGGAAUGAAGCCAAACAAGUUCUAGGGGGGCUUUUUUGGCUCCUCAUUGCAAGAUUGACUGUUCUGGUUUUAAUUUUGCUUUUUCAUCUCAACUUUUCUUUGUAUGGCCAAAACAAUAAAAUUGCCCCAAUUUGGAGGACUAAUGUACCUGCAAAGCUCUACAAAAGCAUGCAUUGCCUGCCUUGUUCACUUCUAUUUUGGUGUUCAGUCACAUAUAAAUUAAUUAAUAAUCAUAUCUUGGGAGGAUGUUCUUCCUGGUUGUCUCUAUAUGUGCUGCAGAGUUUGGGGCAGUCAAGCAGGCUACAGUCCAACUUUCUGAAACUAAUGCAGUAGGUUUUUUAAAACUGUUUUAGUUUUAAAUGGCACUACAGAAUAUCCUUUUUAAAAAAAACCUUGCAGAUUCAGCAUGCUGGCUACAGCUGUGAAGAGGCUGAUUAAGUCGGCAAGCUAUGAAUAAAGCUUUUUUUGUGGCUGAUAUUUUAAAACAAGCUGAAUGUUAUUAAAAGUUACUAUUCUAAAGCUAAGUGAAUCCAAAGAAGUAAUGUGUUGUUUAAUUAUCUUCUUUUUAAGAUAUUCAUUUUGAAAUGGUCAGGAUGAGCCAACUGUCAGAGUGCUGAUAGUGUGAUUCAACAAACUGCUUAAGAAUUGCAUUCUUUUUUUUAUGCAAGUAACUAAGGAUAUAUAAAGAAAUACAUGGUGACCAAUAAAUUAUGGGGACUUUGUUCUUCAUGCAGUGGUUUUACCUACUGUGGUAUGCUGCAUCUUUAUAACUUUUGUGACGACUGAAACAGCUCUUUUUAGUAUGAUCUCCAAUUCUGAAGAGGUCUUUCCUGUGUACAGGAAAGGGGGUGCACAUAACCCUCCAGCCAUGUGUUUAUCUUUUAAGAGGUGGGAAAGAAUAUUUAUUAGUAAAUGUUUCUUCUGCAUUAAAAUCUUAAAAUAACAUGUUGAAAAA